UUAUAUAUAAUUACCAAUGUUAGGGUUUAUCCAGGGAAAUGUUUAUGAAAUGGCAGAGGGUAUAAAUUCUAGUCAGGGACCGAGAACAGCUAAAGAAGUCUUAGUACCUCAGAGAUCUCACUGAAGAUGUUUGAAAACAAUGGAGUGAGUUCUGAUGACGCAGAAGUUUUUGAAUUUUUUGGAUAUGGGUCUCUUCUGUGGAAACAUGAUUUCAAGUUUUCACAGAAAAAAUUAGGUUUUAUUAAAGGUUUCCAGCGGAAGUUCUGGCAGGAAAAUAAAACACACCGUGGAACAGAAGGAAAGCCUGGAAGAGUUGCAAUUUUACAUGAAACAAUGGAAAAUGAUGUUCUGUGUGGCGUGAAAUUCACCGUAGUUGGAUCCGCCAAUAUUCAAGAAGUCAAGCAGAAACUUGAUGUUCGGGAGACAGUGCUAGGGGGAUACACGUCCUUUCACACCACGUUCUACAACGAAGAUGGCGUCCACUCCAAAGUUCUUGUUUUCAAUGCUACCAAGGAAAACGAUCUCUACGUGGGACCCAAGUCGGACAAGUUGGAAGAAGAUGUAGAACACAUCGCCGAGCAGGUGGUUGCAGCAACAGGGAAAGCGGGAACCAAUGCAGAAUACGUCAUUAAACUGGCCUACUUUGUGCGUCGCUUUUUCCCUAAUGAAAACGAUGAACACUUAUUUUUACUUGAUGAAAAAGUGCAAGAAAAACUUGGAAAUGACUCUGAAAGUAUUGUCACAUAUCAUCAACAAGUAGAAAACAAUAUUCAUCACGUAUAAUGAUAAACACGGUAAAAAGAUUUAUCUGCAACAUUGCAAUCAUUUUAUGUUUGCGCUUUUAAACGCAUAUAGGGUUCUUCGGAUGCGAUCUUAAAAUUCAGGCCCCGUGUAACGACAGGCGUUGUCACGAUAGAAAUUCCCCACUGCUUAUUGGCCCUAAGUGCCGAAUUAAGAUAAAAAUUUGAUGCCUUUCAUCGGUAGACGGUAACUUCUUUGUAUGUUUAUGAGUGCAAAAACUCAAAUUGGACGUAAGGCAACACAUAAUCAU